AUGAGAAGCCCUAAUUCUUUUUCUUUGAUGGAGGAAGAUUUCUUCACGAAUCUACCAUCAGAACUCACCACCAACAUACUCUCACGCCUCUCUGUCCGAAGCCUUGCAGUCGGAAAGUGUGUUUGCAAACCAUGGCGCGAUAUGUUUGAGUCCGAUGAUUUCGUCAAAUCCCAUCUCUCCAUAAUCAAAACCCCACCCGUCCUAGUUCGCUUAAUAUCAACCGAGCUGAAUCCAACUCGAUGCACAAUAUUCGAGAUUGAAGACGAAGACGAAGCCAACACGAAAAGCAAUGAUCUUCCCUACUUGACGCUCGCAGAUUUCGGUAUCCCUAACACAUACUCAGAAUCAAUGGCAGCUAUGGCCGUUAAUGGAUUGCUUCUUCUCUACUCAGAGUUAGGGCUUUCUCGAAUUCCGAUUAUCAUAUGCAAUCCGAUCACUCGUGAAUACACUGAGCUCUUCUGCCCUGAGGAAUACAUCUCACUUAAUUUUACAACGAGUUUUGGAUUUGGUGCGAGCAAAUUAAGUGGGCAGUAUAAGAUCGUCCCCAUCAAUGCGGACGCUGGAUCCGACUUUCAUCAUGUAUACCCCCUCGGAACAGGAACAUGGAGGCGCGAUGAGGCUGGUGCUGCUUCUGGCUUCCAAUUCAAUUUUGGUGGACGCAUUGUCUGUAAUGGCAAUCUCCAUUGGACUAUGCUACGACGAGGACAUGUCAAGUCCAACGAAAUAGAUCUGAGUUCCUUGAAGUUCCGGAGGAAUGAGAAGAACCCCAACUCCUUAAUCGGUGAUGAAUUCAAUCAUUUCUUCAGUGGUAAAGCCUGUCAGCUUAGGGAGAAGUUCACAGAUUUCAUCCGCGGAUUCAGUAGAGCGUAUUGUACUUGGAAGAGUCAAAUGAAGACAUCUCAAUUCAUAAAUAGCCAAACCAAAACACUUCGAGACAAGGGAGUAUCUGCACAGAUGCUUUAG